AUGUCUACCAAAGUUGAGGUCAAGAAAGUAGAUCCGAGAAAAUCAUUCAUAGCUGGUUCUUUGGCAGGUGCCAUUGAAGCAUGUAUAACGUAUCCAUUUGAGUUUGCGAAGACUCGUUUACAAUUGAUCGAUAAAAAUUCUAAGGUUUCUAGAAAUCCAUUGACUUUAAUAUACAACACAGCCAAAACACAAGGUACCGGUGCCAUAUAUGUUGGUUGUCCUGCUUUUAUUGUAGGUAACACUGCUAAAGCUGGUAUUAGAUUCUUAGGUUUUGAUGCUAUCAAGAACUUACUAAGAGAUCCUGUCACUGGUGAAGUCAGUGGUGUUAGAGGUGUGGUUGCAGGUCUAGGUGCAGGUCUUCUGGAAAGUGUGGUUGCUGUGACUCCCUUCGAGGCUGUUAAGACCGCUUUGAUUGAUGACAGACAAUCUGCCAAACCGUUAUAUCAAAGAAACGGUUAUAGCGCAGUAAGAAAUUACUCUAAAUUAGUCAGUGACCUUGGGGUGAGGGGUUUGUAUGGUGCUGUUAUUCCUGUUUCCAUGAGACAAGCUGCUAACCAAGCUGUUAGAUUGGGUUGUUAUAAUAAGAUUAAGACUUCUAUUCAGGAAAUCACCAAUGCUCCAAAGGAUAAGCCACUGUCAUCGGGUAUGACUUUUAUUGUUGGUGCAUUCAGUGGUAUUGUCACUGUUUAUAGUACAAUGCCAAUUGAUACUGUUAAGACUAGAAUGCAAAGUUUGACAGCUUCUAAAUAUUCCUCCACAGUAAAUUGUUUUACUACAAUAUUUAAAGAGGAAGGGUUAAAGGCAUUCUGGAAGGGUGCCACACCAAGACUAGGUAGAUUAGUGUUGAGUGGUGGUAUUGUUUUCACCAUUUAUGAAAACGUAUUAGUUUUAUUAGGUUAA